UGAAUGAUCAAACUAUUCAAGUAAAUAACACAGAAUAUCAAAGUAUCUAAACUAUAUGCUGAGGAGUCUUUCAGCCUGAUGACACGUUCAUCCUGAACCCCCAGUCACACAUGUAGCACCAUUAGCACGCUCCAAUCACUUUCGGGGAAACUUGUCACGAUUUUAAUCGUUUUGAAGACAAACUGAGGUUCAUGAAAAAUAAAAAAAAUAAAAAAGACACAUGUAAACAUCACUGUGUGGGAAAUUUGACAUCAUAGCCCCAAAACAAAACUUGUGUAAGUUGCCUGUUCACCCCCUCUUUUUGGAUAAUGGUACGCUCCCUCCUAACAGUGUUUGGUCUUUCCCUCUUCACUCCCGACGACUUGGAGGCGGUGGCUGGGAGUACGUAUGUAAUAAAUGGCACCUCUGGGAGAAAGGAGGCUUUCUGUGUCGGGGAGCCAGCAGCACGCGAAGAGCCAAUUUUAAUAUCGCGCACCACGACUUGCCUUUUUUAUUUGCCGGAUUUAUCCCGUUUUUGAAAGCGAACAGAGGACGGCCGAAGUUUGCGAGCUUCACUGAAAUGUAGACUCAUUAUCCUGAAGGAGGAUGGUGUGGGGGUAGUUACAUGGAGUUGGGACUGGGAGCUGUUCUCGAAAGGAUAAAGGUGGGGCAUAGUGUUGAAAAACUUUCCUUUGUUCCCCGCGGAACGACCAGACGCUGACUAGGUUGGAUAAAGUCUUUACGCACGGUCUGCGCACACAGAUUUGCAAAAAGCCGAGAUGCGCCUGUUGAGCACGCCGUGCUGGUGUUUCAGCGGAGGCAUCCGAGGCGGACUAAACAAGUCCGGCAUGGUGCGUUUACUUUUCCUCCUCGCGAUCGCGCUGUCCUGUCACGGCUGUCCGCAGAAAUGUUUGUGCUCCUCGCAAACUGUGAAAUGCCAGAACCAGGACCUGGACGCGAUUCCGCGUUCCAUCCCGGACAAUACCAAACUGCUGUUCGUCACAGGAAACAGCAUUUCCCGUAUUAGUGCUGCCUCUUUCCCAACCCGCCUGAAUCAAUUAACAGAUCUCUAUCUCAGUGGGAAUGAGAUGGAGUUUGUGGAUGAAAUGGUAUUUUCCAACUUGCCAAACCUGAUGCGGCUGGACCUGAGCAACAACAGAAUCGAGAAUUUCAGCGAAACAGCUUUCCCUGAUGACAGUAAACUGCAGUUCCUGAACCUCAGCAGGUCCUUCCACAAUCAUUCCAACACCGACGUUGUUCUCGAUUUCCUGCGCGGCAGAAGCCUCCUCCAGCUGACAGCCUUGGACUUGUCCAACAACGACCUGGUGAUCCUGCCGGACGACAUAUUCACCGGCCUCCCUAACCUGGUGAACCUCAGCCUGCAGAACAGCUCCAUCAUCACCAUCCAGAACAGGACUCUGAGGGUGCCUCCGCUGCGCGAGCUCGACCUGAGGGACAACAGCCUGAGGGACCUGCCCCCCACCAUGCUCGCGGAGUUCAGCCUCAAACCCGGCCUCCGCAUCCAGCUGGCGGGGAACCCCUGGCGCUGUGACUGCUUCCUCGAGGACAUGCUGGCGUGGCUGAAAAACUCCACGGAGGUCGUCGACACGCAGAACCUGACCUGCGCGGACCCCGACGCCCUGAGACGCCAGCCGCUCUUGCAGUUGGACCAGUCGCAGCUGAAGUGUAAGAGCAACAUGGAGGGCGUGCUGGAGACUUCUUACGUGUUCCUGGGACUGGUGCUGGCCCUGAUCGGUGUCAUAUUCCUGCUGGUGCUCUACCUGAACAGAAAAGGCAUCAAGCGGUGGAUGUACAACAUCCGGGACGCUUGUAGGGACCACAUGGAGGGGUAUCAUUACAGGUACGAGAUAAACUCUGACCCACGUUUGGCCAACCUGAGCAUCAAUUCGGAUGUGUGAGGGAGGACGGGACACUGUCUGGGACCCCGCAGUGAGCUCUUAAACGACUAUACAUUAUUAAGAUUUGCAUGAAAGUCUUCCUCCCCUCCUCCUUUCCCCCCAAUGAUACUAUUUAGACACCACACCUGUCACAGCUCCUUAUUAACCCCUCUCACAACUUCCCGUUCAACCGCUGGCGCAUGUCCCGUACUGGCAGCUGUUAGGUCACUUGAGUUUUUAUCGCGUGACGUUGUUCGGACAAUGAAUCAUGGUUUCAAGUUUUUUUUUUUUUUUUUUUUUUGGAGAGCCACAGAGAGGGAUAUGUUCUAUUUUUACUUUUCCUAAAGGAUAAACGGAUGGAGUGCAUUGACUGUAAAGUGAACGAAACUUCCCCUGCAUCUUUGUCAAUAUGCAUCUGCGGCAGAGAAAUGUUACAUUGCUUGAGUUUGUGCUUUUUAACUUGUCAGUACGUGAUAUACAAUAUGCCUUUUUUUUUUUAACGAUAAUAGUUGAAAUUGCAUAGCCUUUUGAAAUUUACUAGGUGGAUGUGAUUGCUCCUUUUUUUUUUUUUUCUGUGAAGAUAUUCAGCUAAAUAAAAUGCCUCUGGAUUGCUGGUA